CUUCUAAUGGAAUGCGAAGAAGAUCUUCUCCUCGAAGCAGCGAACGCGCUGCUUCUCCUUAGCAGCGGCCCGCCGCCGGAUCGGCCGUCGCAUCCGCUUCCUCCGGCGGCGAUGACUGCGACGAGUAUCGAGAAUGUAUUCUCUGUCUCCGUCCCAUCUUGGGGGUUUCGGUUGAGGAGGUCUCAUGACAUGGGAAAGUUGAAGAGGAAGCAAGUAGAGGGUCCUUCGCCGCCGACGGCGGAGGCUGCGACUUGUGGCCGCCGGAGUCCGGAAACUCCUCUGGACUUGGGUGCUGACUCCGCUGCCUCUAGCAGCGGAAGCGAUGGCUUCCCGUGUUCCUCUGAGAUCCGUCCCUUCAAGCGCUUACGCGCCGGCGAGACCUCUGUUCCAGAAUAUGACGCACGCUUAAAGUUGAAGAGGAAGAAAGUAGAGGGUCCUUCGACCUCGACGGCGGUGGCUGCGACUUGUGGCCACCGGAGUCCGGGCACGCCUAUCUACUUUGUUGCCGCCUCCAUUCCCUCUUCCAGCGAAAGCGAUGGCUUCAUGUGUUCCUCCGAAAUCCGACCGUUUAAGCGCUUACGCACCGGCGAGACCUUCGUUCCAGGAUGUGACGCACACAUAAAGGUCUCAAAUCUGGCAAAUUAUUAUGUCCGGUCCGAAUUCUUUCGGACAGGCACAUCACGUUGGUACCAAAAUGCAGCGGGUCCCGAUCUAUUUGGGUGACGUGGUGCGUCUAGAUUGGAUGUCCGGACAUCCGGUGACCAGGCGUAAUAAUUCGCCCUCAAAUCUCUAUUUCCACCCCCCUUCGCUCGGCGAAUUAUUAGGUCCGUUCGCCGGACUUGAAUCUGCUUCUGGAAUUCUGCACUUUUCAUGCGCUUUUAAUGCGUUUUUUAUAUACUUUUGUAGAAUGACAGCUAAUAUGUGCUUUUAUUGUGCAUAUUAGCUGUCAUUUUGCUGAGUAUUUAAAAAACGCAGUAAAAGGCCAUCAAAUACACAAUGAGUGAAAUAUUUGUUGCGCUUUUGCUGCGUUUUUUGUUUUAUUUUUG